AAUAGCUGAAAAAAACUCCUGAGGGAAUCUUCAGGACUGCACAGUGAAGCACUGUGUGCUGCUCUCAUCAAAGGCAGAUGUAGAUCCACGCCCUUCUUCCCAGCUCGAUUGUAUGGGAAAUAAAUUUUGUUCUAAAAACUGCUCAUGAAAGGGACAAAGAGGCGCAAAGUGCACAGCCACUGAUUUAGCGUUCAUGGAGGCCACAGGCAACAGCCAGCCGGCGGCACCAAACGGCUGCAGAAAUGGAACAGCAGCAGCCACAGUGUCUCAGUUACAUGAUGCUAUCAAAAAAGGUUCAGUAAAGACAGUCCGGCAGCUGUUGGAGGAAGGUGCAGAUGUCAAUUCCAAGGUAGAAGGUGGUUGGACACCUCUGCACAGUGCUGUACAGGCUGAUCAGGAAGAGAUUGUUAACCUUCUGCUGGAGCAGGGUGCUGAUCCACGUGCCAGAAAGGACAAUGGUGCCACGCCCUUUAUUAUAGCAGGCAUAGUGGGGAAUGUGAGCCUUUUGGAGCUCUUCCUUUCUAAGGGGUCAGAAAUAAAUGAGAAGGAUAACAACGGCUUCACGGCCUUUAUGGAGGCUGCUUGGUAUGGGAAGGAGAAGGCCUUGAAAUUCUUGUAUGAGAAUUUCUCGGAUGAGAAAGAGAUGGAUGUGAAUUUGGGCCGGAUGGUCAGUACACAACAAAGACAAGUGUACAAAGGCGGAGAAACAGCCCUGAUGGAUGCUGCCAGGAAUGGCCACCUCUCAGCUGUGAAAACCCUCGUGAAAGAGAUGAGAGCCAGCGUGCAUGCCUGUGAUAACUUUGGCAGGAACGCUUUGAUCCAUGCAUUACGGCUGCCUCUGAAGAGGAACACCAUACGUAGACAAAACAAGAAUAUAGAACAAAUAGUCUCCUUUCUGCUGGACUGUGGCGCUGAUGUUACUGGAAGAGAUGAAAAUGGGAAGACUUCGCUCAUCCUGGCAGCAGAGAGGCAAAGUCAGGAUUUGGUGGAAUUGUUACUGAAGACAGGCAAAGUUGACAUUAACGCCAUGGGCAAUGAUGGCAAAACAGCACUGAAGAUAGCGGUGGAGUACGACCAUGAGGAAAUAGCCAAGCUGUUAUGUGAGAACGGAGCCAGGGCUGAUUGUAAUGACAUUUCUGCGGCCAAAGAGAACUACAACAAUGAAAUGGUGGCGCUGCUGCUCAAAUACGGUGCUACGGCUACUAAUAAUCAGCCUCCUAGAGAGUGGGAACCCACCAGCAAACGCUGGGGAGAGCAACUAUGGCGUCUUCACAGUAUAAAUUCCCCUCAGAUCGGAAAACUCAACAUCAUAUUUGAUGAGUAUUACUGCAUUGAGAGCACCUCUGAAGGUGGCAUCUACCUGGGAUUCCAUGCAGGGAAAGAGGUGGCUGUGAAGAGAUUCCUUCUUGGCAGUGAUAAGGCUAAACGAGAAUCCAUGUGUCUCAGUCACUGCCAUAGCAACAGGCAUAUGGUAAAACUUUUUGGGACUGAGACUCAUGGCAACUGCCAGCUCUUCUGCCUCUCUCUCUGUGAGAGCAACCUUGAGGAUCAUCUGAGCAAAUCUGCACAGGCAGUCAAUAAUCAUAACAUCCUUAAGACACUCUUGGAAGCAGUGAGAGAUCUGCACUCUUUGGAAUUAGGCCAUGGGGACCUGCACCCACGUAACAUUUUGAUAGGUUUGUGUGUUUUACAUUCGGUUCCAUUUAAUCUUGCAGCCUGGCUGGGUGAGAAAUUCUAGAAAGCAGGGUUG